AUGCCAGGCCCUACUCGUCAUGAAUUGGACCGCCAUCCCGGUUUAACAGAGAACGAGGUGCAAGAGGCCCGCAAGGUUCACGGUUACAACCAAUUCACGCCAACCUGGGCUCGUACGAUGCAAAGCGUCAUCGCCAACUCCAAAGGCGUCUUUGCCCACACAAUGCAAUUCAACAUCAUCCUUCUCUUGGUAUCCGGUGACUACAUUUCCGCUAUUAUAUCUUCGAGCUUCUUGCUCUUGGGACUUUUCAUUUCGGUUCUGCAUGCAAACAAAAGCUACAAAGCACUCUCUCUGAAACGCAAAUGCCUUGUUCUCCGGGACUCAGCUGCUCAAACAAUACGCUCCCGCAACCUCGUCCCUGGAGAUAUCGUCAAACUUGUGACCGGCUCUGAGGUGCCUGCAGAUGGACUUGUUAUCUCCAAUACUGAGUUUGAACUCGACAUGUCAGGCUUAUCAGGUGAAACCGGUGUCGUACUGAGAGGCUUUGGCGAAACCAUCCGUCAAUCAGCAAUUUUGACUAGUGGAAAUGCGCUUAUGGAAGUGACCUCGACAGGCAAUGAUACAAUGCUCGGCAGGGCACUUGCACAAGAAACUCACAGGACUAAUUCCUACUUGACACUUAUCAACUCCAUUGCAAUGGGCGUCUUGUACCUCGCCAUUAUCUGCUUUUUGUUCACAUUUUGCCAGAAGUGGUUCAUGAAUGGCAAAUUGCUUGAUUUGCUGGGAUUUACUGGUGCUCUUACUGCGAAUGGCGCCCCUCUUGGUCUGAUGGGAGUCAGCAUAAUCAUUGUCGGAAUUCAGGCUAAAUCCAUGAUCGGAAAGAAGACUAUUGUCAGGACUUUGUUCUCAAUGGAAGCUCUCGCCCGCGUUAAUGUUCUUUGCGUUGAAAGGUACACCUCCAGGUUUUUUAUGUAUGACUUGAAACUGACUUGUUCAAGGAUGACUAUGAAUGAAAGGAACGAAGCUUCGCGCUGGCCGUCGGUUGAUACGCUAGAUUUCAAUGUUCAGAAAGCGAAAGACCUGGGUUUGAAUGUCAGAAUGCUCACAAAAGAUGCCCUUGACGUCGCAGAAGAGGCAGCUAUCCAGGCAGGAAUGGGCUCUAGGAUUCACCAUUCCGCCAAACUUACGCAUAUACUUACCCAUUCCCAGGAACCAGGGGCUCGUAUCAUGUGCGCAGACGGCUUCGCAGAGCUUUCACACGGACAAAAGUUUGAGACUAUCAAAGCACUACAACGAUACGGGGCGACAGUAGCAAUUAUUGGAGAUGCAAUAACCGAUGCACCGUCUCUCGUCAAAGCAGAUGUGGGAAUCACACUCGAGACCGCGAGUUCGCCUGCUAGACAAGCCGCAGAUAUGGUCCUAAUCACCCCAGGUUUAAGAGCUUUGACAGAUGCAAUUGGCUUCUCCAGACUAGUGUUCUCAAGAUUGCAGGCAUAUAUCGCAUAUCGGAUGACUAUUUCAGUCCAUGCUAUCCUAUUCUAUACUCUUUGGUACCUCAAUUGGGCCGAGACUCUUAGCGGACCUGGCGUCUCUAUUAUGGCUACAUUCGGCGAUCUGGUUGUUAUACCAAUCGCAUACGAUAACGUGCCUGCUCCAAUCAGACCGCUUCGCUGGGAAACCAGAACUAUGUGGACUCUAGCUUUGAUUCGUGGCUCGAUCCUGGCUGCCGCUUCUCUUUUCUGCCUUUUUUCAAUGAAGAAAAAUUGCAAAAUGACGCCAGACGGAGGUAUUCAUGCUAAAUGCCACCCGAUUCAACAACAUGGCAAUCUAAAUCUGGUUGUUUUCCUCCAGAUGUUCCUCUCGCAAAGCCUCACAAUCUUUGUCACGCGCUUGCAACAAGCUUCUGGCCCUGGCCGGCGGGCUUGGCCUGCCUGGCAACUUGUUGCCUCGUUGGUGGUUACGGUCGCUUCUGCUAUGUUGUUUAGUUCCUUCAGGCUUCCUUGGCUGGGCCCAGGCCUAGAUUGGGCUACAAUCGGUGUGGUCUUCGGUUUUUGCUGCCUCGUCUCCUGUGUCGCAGGGCUUGUACAAGCCCUGUUUGUCAAGUGGACUACGCAAGACGAGGAUGAUUGGCUGGAAGCGCCAGACGCUUCAAUCCCGCUCCUCCCCCUCGCCAACCGUCCGUCUGGCUCUCGGAGCCAACUCAGGCAGCGCUCCUCGGCCUCUCACGCCUCUGGGUAG